ACCUAUGUACUACUUGGGAACCAGCUUACUGCAGCCAAGGUGUUCACAGCUCUGGCUCUUGUGGGUGAGGAUGUUAAUUCUGCCGCUGAACAAUUUCCCAUGGGUGCUGAACGGAGUCUUAGAGGCCAAGGUGUCCUUGGAUCGGAUCCAGAGCUUCCUGGAGCUGCCAGACCAAAAUCUGCUGGAAUAUUACAACAAGGAGGCGCCCCCUACAGGAGGAGCCUCAGUGGUUGAGAUGCAGGAUGCUUUGUUUUCCUGGGGGGCAGCAUUUAAGGACGAUAUGGAGAGAUCCACCUCACUGCAAGUCUCCAUUGGUCAUCUGUCUGUUCCCAAGGGAGCGCUGGUUGCCAUUGUCGGAAAAGUUGGGUGUGGAAAAAGCUCUCUAUUGGCCGCAAUGACUGGAGAACUGACCAGGUGCAGGGGAGCACUGUACGUGUCGCACCAGGAAGCUGGCUUUGGUUUUGUGGCGCAGGAACCAUGGAUACAGUUUGCCACCAUCAGGGAUAAUAUUCUGUUUGGGAAGGAAUAUAAUGAGCAUCUAUAUAAGGAGGUUGUGGAGGCCUGCGCCCUGACCGAGGACCUGAGUAUAUUUCCUGCUGGAGACCAGACUGAAGUCGGGGAGAACGGUGUCACUCUCAGUGGAGGACAGAAGGCUCGAGUCAGUCUGGCCCGAGCUGUGUAUCAAGAGAAGGACAUUUAUCUGCUGGAUGACCCCCUGGCUGCAGUAGAUGCAGACGUGGCCUCUCACCUCAUGGAGAAAUGCAUCCUGGGUAUUUUGCGGCACAAGACCCGGAUCCUCUGCACUCACCGGACCGAGCUGCUGGAGAAAGCUGAUCUUCUCAUCUUGAUGGAUCAUGGGAAAAUAAUCCAGACUGGACCCCCUGAAGAGAUCAUGGCUUCGCUUGAAGCUUCCCCAAAACUCAAAGUCUCCAAAAGUGAAACACAAGAAAAAGAGAAUGGUGGCAGUGGUGUUGAUGAAGAGAAUGACGGGAAGGAGGUCCUGCUCCCUGUCUCUGCGAUGGGGGGAGGAGGAAAAGAAGGAGGGGGCAGUCUCCCUACAGGUGUACGCGGCAUAUUGGAGGGCAGUGGGGAGCUGCCUGGCCGUAUCGGUGCUGCUGGCCUUAUUCCUUAUGCAGGCUUCCAGGAAUGUGUCUGACUGGUGGCUGUCACACUGGAUUGCAAGCUUCUCAGACAUGUCAAGAAAUGUGUCAAUGUCAGUGCUGAUCCCUCCUGUACCGUCACCUGCACUGCUUCUCUUCUCCUCCGGAACUCUUGUGUCUCCAGUGAGAUGGGCUGAGUCUGCAGAUCAGAACAGUUCUGGGAAUAUAACCUUCUAUCUGUCAGUAUAUGGUGGGAUUGCAGCGGCCAAUUCCAUCUUCACCGCUUUGCGAGCGCUGCUCUUCGCCCUGGGAACUGUGCACGCCGCCACCGCAAUCCACAGGCGCUUAUUGCAGAGAGUGCUGCAGGCCACAGUAACGUUCUUCGACAGCACGCCAGUUGGACGCAUCAUCAAUCGAUUCUCCUCCGAUAUGUACUGCGUGGAUGAUUUUCUGCCCUUCAUGCUCAAUAUAUUCUUGGCCAACAUCUUUGGUCUGCUGGGCAUGCUGGUGAUGAUCAGCUACGGUCUGCCAUGGAUCCUGCCUGUCCUCCUUCCUCUGGGUCUCUUGUACUAUUCCAUUCAGAGAUUUUACCGCCACACGUCUCGCGAGCUCAAGCGGCUGCAAAGCAUCACCCUCUCUCCGAUCUACAGCCACUUCUCUGAGACAUUGUCCGGCCUGAGCACCAUCCGCGCCACACGCCAUACUGACAGGUUUAAAGUUGAAUGUGAGUCUCGUCUAGACGUGAACCAGCGCUGCGUGUUCGCCAGUAAUACCGCCAUCCAGUGGCUGGACAUCCGCCUGCAGAUGAUUGGAGUAGUAGUUGUGACGGCCAUCGCUGUUAUCGCCAUAAUCCAGCACCAGAGGAGAGCCGGCGAUCCAGGUCUAGUUGGGCUGUCCCUGUCCUAUGCGCUCUCUAUCACAGGAUUGUUGUCCGGUCUCAUCUCCAGCUUCACUCAGACAGAAGCCAUGAUGGUGAGUGUGGAGAGAGCUGAAGAGUACUCCACCAUGCUGCCAUGUGAACCGAGAGAGGGGAUAGUGACGGUAGAACCAGACUGGCCCAAACAUGGGUGUAUUGAGUUUAGAGAUGCCAUUUUAUGUUACCGCCCUGGCCUCCCCAAUGCUCUGGAUGGUGUGAACUUCACCAUAUCUCCUGGGGAAAAGAUUGGAAUUGUGGGUCGGACAGGCUCUGGAAAGUCCUCUUUGUUCCUGGUGCUCUUCCGCAUGAUGGAGCUGAAUUCUGGACAUAUUCUUAUUGAUGGCACUUCCACACGAGAGCUGAAUUUGGAAGACCUGAGGGUCACGACUUGCCAUCAUCCCCCAGGAUCCCUUUCUGUUCAGUGGUAGUGUCAGGGAGAACCUGGAUCCUUUGUCUCGCCACACGGAUUCUGAUCUGAUGGAUGUUCUCUUCCAGUGUCACCUGCAGGAUUUGGUGGAACGUAUUGGGGGUCUGGAUGCAGAUGUUGGUGACAAAGGGAAGAAUUUCUCCCUUGGACAG